CUUCUUUUAAAGAGCUGCUCACGUGGUCCUCCACACUGGUCAGCGACACACCUGGAGUUGUGUUUAUUUCAUAUGGAGGCAGUGACCUUCGAGGACGUGGCUCUGAACUUCUCUAGGGAGGAGUGGGCGUUGCUGGAUCCAUCCCAGAGGAAGCUCUACAGAGAUGUGAUGUGGGAAAACUUCAGGAACCUGGCUUCCAUAGGAAGGAUCUCAGGUGCACAAAACAUUGAAGAUGAGCAUAGCAGUUGCGGGAAAAUUCCAAGAAGUGUAGGUAUGGAGAAAUCCUCUCAAUAUAAAUUAUUGUAUCGACAUGAAGAAAUAAAUUCUCAGACUCCAGAUCUAGAUGUGCACAUGAAAGUUAUUGAUGUGAAAACUGGUGAAAGCCUUUCCUAUAGAAGGGCUCAUGAUGAUCAUUCAUCGGUACAUGGGCCCACCAUGGCUAACACUGCACUCAAACCACACAGGAAUCAGGGAUUUCAAGGGAACUUGCCUACCUGUAACAAACAUGGGAAAGCCUGCACAAAACUGCAGUCUUGUCAAUCUUGUCAGAAAUGUGCAAAGACAAUUCCUGGGGAGAAGACCCAAAAAUAUUUGACAUGUGAAAAAUCUUCCUCUCAUUUCACUGAAGAAAGUACCAUUGAAGAGGAACCGGAUGCCAAAUCAUGCAUUAAAGACAAUAAUAUUCUAAUUGAUGAAAUAGGUGACAGGGAGAUGACUGUGUAUAUGUACACACCAUGUGGAGAAGGUUGUAAUUCUCAUGAGAAUAUCCAGACACAUGAAAAACCUAACUAUACAGAAAACAUCCAUGAGAGUAAAUACCAAGGAAAAUCCUUCAAUAACACUUCAGUGAGUAAUCCUGAAAGAAUUCACACCGGAGUGAAACCUUAUGUAUGUAACCAGUGUGGGAAAGCUUUCAGCAGAUGCAGUGAUUCCAAAAAACAUGAACAAACUCACACUGGGGAGAAACCUUAUGUAUGUGAGCAAUGUGGGAAAGCUUUCAGCACCCGUGCUUAUUGUAAAAUACAUGAAAAGAGCCACACUGGGGAUAAGCCCUAUGUAUGUCAGCACUGUGGGAAAACUUUUACAACUCACAGGGCUUGCAAAGUCCAUGAACGAGCACACACUGGAGACAAACCCUAUGUAUGCAGGCACUGUGGAAAAGCUUUCAGCACCUCUGGUUAUUGUAAAAUACACGAAAAGAGCCACACUGGGGACAAACCCUAUGUAUGCGAGCACUGUGGAAAAGCUUUUACAACUCACAGGGCUUGCAAAGUCCAUGAACGAGCACACACUGGAGACAAACCCUAUGUAUGCAGGCACUGUGGAAAAGCUUUCAACACCCCUGGCUAUUGUAAAAUACAUGAAAAGAGCCACACUGGGGACAAACCCUAUGUAUGCGAGCACUGUGGGAAAACUUUUACAUCUCACAGUGCUUGCAAAGUCCAUGAACGAGCACACACUGGAGACAAACCCUAUGUAUGCAGGCACUGUGGAAAAGCUUUCAACACCCCUGGUUAUUGUAAAAUACAUGAAAGAAUUCACACUGGGGAAAAACCCUAUGUAUGCCAUCAAUGUGGGAAAGCGUUUAGCAGGAUAAGUCAGUGUAGAGAACAUGAAAGGAUUCAUAGUGUAGAGAAAGGCUAUCCAUGUAAGCACUGCGGCAGAGCAUUCAACACCCGUGUUUAUUGUGAAAUCCAUGAAAGAAGUCACACUGGGGAAAAACCCUAUGUGUGUAAGCAUUGUGGGAAAGCUUUUAGCAGGAGAAGUAAAUGUAAAGAACAUGAAAGGAUUCACACGGGGGAGAGACCCUAUGCAUGUAAGCACUGUGGGAAAGCCUUUCGCACAAAAAGUCAUUGCAACGGACAUGAAAGGAUUCACACCACAGAGAAAGCCUAUGUAUGUAAGCAUUGUGAAAAAGCUUUCAGCACCCGAGCUUAUUGGGAAAUACAUGAAAGAACACACACAGGGGAGAAACCCUAUGCAUGUCAGCAAUGUGCUAAAGCUUUCAUCACAAAAACCCAUUGUCGAGUACAUGAGAGAAGUCACACUGGGGAGAAACCCUAUGUGUGUCAGCAGUGUGGAAAAGCUUUCAGCACAAAGAGUCUUCGUCGAGUACAUGAAAGAACGCACACUGGGGAGAAACCUUAUGCAUGUCAGCAAUGUGCUAAAGCUUUCAGCACAAAAAGUGUUUGUCAAGUACAUGAAAGAAGUCACACUGGUGAGAAACCCUAUGUAUGUAAGCAGUGUGGAAAAGCUUUCAAUACAAAUGGCGCUUGCCAGUCACAUGAAAGGAGUCAUACUGGCGAGAAACCAUAUGUGUGUAAGCAGUGUAGUAAAGCUUUUACAACAAAAGCUAGAUUGCAAGUACAUGAAAGAGCUCACAUUGCAGAGAAGCCUUAUAUAUGUAAGCAGUGUGGGAAACCUUUCAGCAGAAAAUGUAAUUUGCAGGUACAUCAAAGGGUUCACACAGGUGAGAAACCCUAUGUAUGUGAACACUGUGGGAGAGCUUUUGGUUCAAGACAGUAUUGUAAAGUACAUGAAAGGACUCACUUAAGAGUCCUAUGCAUGUGAGCAAUAUGGCAAAUCUUUCAGCACAUACAAAUAUUAUCAGGUUUAAGAGGACUUGCUGCAGAGAAAAAUCUAUACAUGUGAGCAGUGUGGAAAAGCUUUCAUCAUGUAGUCAUUGAAGGACUUGAAAGGACUCACACUGGAGAGGAAAAUGCUACAAAAGCCACAAGAAGGCUUUCAGCACAAAGUACAACUGUAAAAUGUAAAGACUCACACUUGGGUUAAACACCAUGUACGUAAACACUGUAGAAAGCUUUCAGUAGAAAAGUCAUUGGAAAGGAAAUGAAAGGAAUGAUCCUGCAGAGAAACCCAUGGCAUGUAAGUAAUGUCAGAAAGUUUUUGGCAUGCAAAGUGUUUGAACAACACAUAAGCACUGCUGAAAUGUUCUCUGUAAGUAAUGUGUGACUCCAUAUAGUACUCAGAGGUAUUGUGAGAUAUAGAAGGAACUCUCCCAUAGGAGAAUGACUAAAGAAUAAACCAAAGCCUUCUCAGUGCACUAAGCAUCAUACACAGUCAAAAGUAAGAAUAGAAACUGAAUAUAUAAGAUGCCUUAGCUGGCAAGACAGCUCAGUGGACUAAGUGCCUGCUUUAGCAAGUGGAGGGACCAGG